CACCUCUCCAUUGGUUGGUCUCCAUUGAUUACUGGUGGUUAGGGAAGUGAGUGUUGGAGGAAGGACAUCCACAAAUAUAUUUUUAUAAUAGUUUUGUUUUCAUUGACUUACCUUUUAGUUUCACAAAUCAAAAGAACUAUUGAAAUUUUAAUAUUUUAUUUUGAUUUAUUCCAUUCAUCCAUGUGAAAUUGUUGCUGACAAAAUGUUGUCGUCAGCUUUUUUGUUAGUCUAGUAAGCUUGUUAAUUGACACCGUUAAAGUAACGAUGGAAUUGGCUAUUAUGUGUAUUUCGUAAAAAGUGACUAUUAUUGUCACAAACGCUAAAGUUUUGGCUACACAAAUGUAUUUUGCCUUACAAAAAUGGACAUAUUUGAUUUUAGCCCAAAUUUCUAACCUAAACCUCAAAUGAAGAAUGUGCCAAUAUCGAAUUUUGCUACCCGUUGCCGCUGCUAUGUUGCGAGCUUGAUGGGGAGGACAAAGAACAAAAGCGUCCACCAGUUGUUGUCAUCACUGACUCCAGGGUGUAGUCGUCGUCAGAAGAAGGAAACUCUGACGUUGCCCACAUCGAUCGGGAUGAGUAAGAAAAGGGGAGGAGAAGAGAGUUGUCGUGUCGGCCUCUCCUGCCGGUUAGGCAGGGCAUACACUAAACCAUUGAUCGGGACGAGCGUGCCACCCGCCUGGUCGUAGAUCAUCUCGAAUAGGUCACCCGCCUUGUCACAACUUCUCCUUCAUCCUCGACUCGGCGACAAGGCGAUGGUUGGUUGCGCAGAAAGCUAUGGAGCUCGGACGGAUCUAGGUCCUGCGUGAGUUUGCACAGAGACGACCUCUGUUUAUUGGAGGGGAAAAGGAAUGGAAACGGGAAGAGAGUUAAACGGGUGGGUUAUAGGGUUUAGGUUAAAUUGGGAUAAAAUCGUAUGUUUGGGUAAUUCUAUGGCAAACAAUUAAAAUAGUUAGGGCGUUAAAUGGAAGUUCAGCCACAUGUCACAUGUUCAACCCUAAGCACCAACUCAAAAAAAAAAAGGAAGUAAAAGAAUGUGUAUAUCUAUUUCACUGGUAAUAGAUGAUUGGUUUGCUUAACUUUGGGGUGAAGGUAUAUGCUAAAGGAACCUAAUUAUUUCGAUAUUGGAGCUUUGUUAAUUUUGUAGUGGCGAUCCCAUAAAUCCUAGCUCUAGGGUUCACAUGCAUCUUGCCGGGGAGGUGGAAUCCCUAUGAAGUCAUCGACAACCAAAGAUAAACUCGGGACUUUACUGACCACCCUCGGAAACCUCGUCCCCCUAACCGCAAACAAGAUCGUGAAACCCAACAGGGAAAAAUGCAGGCAAAGCCCAUAAUGAACAAUCCCCUAUUUGGAGUGUAUGUAACAAUGGAGGAGGAACAUGGAUGCCUCAAGGAAAGCUCUCCCAACGUAGCACCGCCGAGCUCAUCUGGUUUGUUGGCAAAUUCUGCCUGGACCAAGAAACAAAAAGUGCUAUUUAGUGUCCUUCUUUCCCAAGACGUGUGGCACGUUGAGAAAUCUGACUCUAAAGACUUUGCGGCAGCAGUAUGUGAAGCGAACAUGGACGAUGAAGUGCCAGAGGAUGAUGAUAUCUGUUUCCUGACCAUUCCAUUCAAAUCGAUGGAGAAGCAACGCUUUCAUCAUAACUGGUGCCCAACCUUGAUUGUAAAGGUGUUUGGUCGGACAUUUCCUUUUUGAAUUAUCUUUCGUAGAUUGGAAUCCCUCUCGGCGGAGCAUGGUUACUGGUAGAUAUUGAGUAUAUUGUAUGUUUGCUACAUUGUUCGCUUUAUCAACCAGUUUGAUAUACUAACAGCGGCAACUGGGGUCGUGGAAGAUCGAAGAGCAUUACUUGACAGUUCUCCACUACCGCCGGGGGUUUGAUCCCCAAACAUCUACAGUGGUUUCCAUGCUAGUAUGGUCCCAGAUCUCAAAUUUGACCCUUGAUUUCUUUGAAAGGGUAGUGGUGCUUCGCAUUGUUAGCUAAAUCGGGAGGGCGGUAAAAGUGGACUGAGCCACGGAGACGGUAGAGAGGCUACAAUUUGUGUGUAUGUGUUGAGCUUGAUUUGAUGAAGCCUCUUCUUUCUCAAUACAAAGAUUGAAAUGUUCAACUAAUAUAUUGAAUAUGAAGGCCUCCAUAACAUUUGAGGUUAAUGUGGGAAGUCUGGCCGAAAGGUGGCUACUUGCACAUCACUGUUUGAGCUGCCCCAUCGACACCUACCUCAGAGGCCCCUACUACGCCAUGUGUUUAUGUGGCCACAACCACUGAGAAUAUCUAUGAUGAGUGGAUGGUAGUGAAAUCCAAAUUCAAAAAGCAAGCAAAACCAUGUAACCAAGGGAAAAACCAAUUGUUAGCUCGCAAUUGAUGGACUCUCGUUUCGUUGUGUCAGGCUUUUGGAAGUGGUGGGAAUGCUAUAAAUUAGGGCAAUAAUAGUAAAUUUAGAGCGAUAAUUAGUCAUUUUUUUUAUUCAAUUGCGUCAAACUUAUGAGAACUGCUGUCCGACAAUUAAGACAUCUUAGAAUCAAUGACUAAUUAAUAGUACAUUUGGUCCGGUGAUCCAAAUGUCAAUUUAAUAUAUUUUUCACUAUUUAUAAAAUUCAUGAGAUAAAACAACAAGCCACGUUAUAUUCGAUUCGAUAAUAAUUUGUUCAAAGUCAAACGUCCUUUUGGUCCCGUACAAACCUUUGCACACCUUAUAAAUAUAUGAUGAUACAUUGAACUAAAUUUAAUGGCAUGAGAUCUAAUUUAUCCGUCAAAUUAGGGAUGAAAAUCUAGACCAAAUCGUAUGGGGAACCAUGGUCUAGACUUUAUCAUGUGGUUUGGCCUGGACCGCAAGAUCAGAACUAUGAUCUGGUCUGGUUUGUGGUCUCUUCCUUUAGUGUGUGGUCUGAAAUGGUCUAGACCGCGGUCUACCGCAGUAAACCGUAACAGACCUUGACAGUGACCCACUAACUCAGACCAAAAUAACACUAAAUUAAACCUCCAUUUCUAUAUUUGAAGAACAAAGUCAGUUGAUUCUUCAUCCAGUUGAGAGCCAACAGAUUGCCCAAAUGAUCGCUUAUGCGAUACCUCCUUAUCAAAGAACCACACAAAAACCAGAAAGAUUCAUAAAUAAUAUUUACUGACAUCU